AUGGCGAUAAUGCUUCGUUGUUACUUUUCUCCGGUUGGCAGACGGUGCCUAACAAACUUUGCUUUGACUCAUUGCAGGCAGUAUAGUGCUAUGCAGAUCGAUCGUAAUGUGUUGUCGUCCGGUUGGAUUCGUCGAUCAAAAUAUUUAUAUUCUUAUUAUGCUUGUAACUCUUUCACACUAGUAACGUCUAUGAAAGAUGCAAUACAGAUAAGAUGCAGCAAUGUACAAGUCCUAUCCAGACUAUAUUCUGAUCAACAAUCUUCACCUGAUUCAAAACGGAAGAAAUUUCUCUCAGUGGAACAGGUAGAUAUCGCAAGACUUGUUAAGAAAAAUUUACGGAAGAAAGAAAAACGAGACGAAGAAUUAAUAAAAAAGCAAUUAAGUAUUUUAGAGAUUGCAUUCUCAGUAGCUGAUGGUGAGAUUGGUGCAACUUACCUUGACCAGGACGCCAUAAAAGUCAGUCCGGAAGAGUUGGUAGAGCUUGCAAUUUUAACCUACGAAACAGAAACUGAAGAGCUUUCUAUUUCAGUCGGAGAAGAGUCUAUCAAGGUUGCUGCUCAACUCCUUCGAUCAGCUGCAAUGAGGGGUAACAUUCAAGCGAAAUAUAGCUAUGCUCAGUUAUUGAGAACAGGACAAGGUAUUGCUGCAGAUUUACCAGAAGCAGCUGCAAUGAUGACUGAACUAUCUUCAAAGGGUCAUCCAUAUGCACAGUAUGCGCUUGCAGGAAUGUAUCUCAAGGGUAACGGUGUAAAGCAAGACUAUGACAUUGCUCAUGAUUUAUAUAAUACUAGUAAAAUGAAUGGAAUCGCAGCAGCAGGCACAAUGCUCGGUCACAUAUACCGACAGGGCCUGGGUGUAGAUCAGGAUCUACCGAAAUCUAUCAGUUAUUAUAAGGAAGCAGCGCAGAGACAUGAUGUUGAUGCCCACAUAUCAUUAGCUUAUUGUUAUUCACAUGGAUUAGGAGUAGAUCAAUCUCACGAACAUGCAUUCAAACACUAUGAAAUUGCAGCUUCACAAGGAAACGUCAUGGCACUAUAUAAUGUUGGAACUCACUAUUUUUCUGGAAAUGGUGUCACAGCAGACUUCAAAAUGGCUGCCGAAUAUUUUACUGCAGCAGCAGAGCAGGGCUUUCCAUAUGCACAGGUUAAUCUGGCCAAUAUGUACUAUAAUGGCAUCGGUGUAAAUAAGGACAUCAGAAAAGCAAAGGAAUGGUAUGGCAAAGCUGCAACUAGGAAUGACAAUGCUAGGCAACUAUACGAACAAGUCUGUAAUGAAAUCGAUAAUCAAGAUAAUCAGUAA